AUGGGUUUGUCCAUGGAGGAGGUAGAGGCAACGGCUCAGGAAGUGCUGGGGAGACUGAGGAGCCACCAGCUGUUCCAGUCCUCAUGGGACACCGCUGCCUUCAUCAUCUUCCUCACCUUCAUUGGCACUGUGCUGUUCCUGCUGCUGGUAGUACUUGCUCACUGCUGCUGCAGCUGCUGCUGCUCCCCCAGGCCUCGAAAGGUAAGCCACACCAGUCCUGAGAACCUGGUGCCCUCUGGGACUCUCUUUCAGGAAAGACCCAAGGGAGUGGACAACUUGGCCCUGGAACCUUAACCCUGAGAGAACCCACCAGCUACUUCCUAUGUGUCCUGCCUGGUGACAGUAACAAUGCCCUGUGUCUGCCCAGAACCUGAGUUUGGACUGUGUUCCAAGCCCCCACUGGGGUGGGCCAUAUGGGGGACUCAGUGCUCCAUUCCAGUGCCCACAUUG